UAAAGCCUCAAAGCCAUUACAACCAUGGAUAUAGUGAAUCUCUUGGACGGAAAAGCCACAUUGAUGAUUACAGCACUUGGGACAUUGUCAAAGCCACACAGUAUGGAAUAUAUGAACGAUGUAGAGAGUUGGUGGAAGCAGGUUAUGACGUACGACAACCAGACAAAGAAAACGUAACACUUCUCCAUUGGGCUGCAAUCAACAACAGGAUAGAUCUGGUGAAAUACUACAUAUCAAAAGGUGCUAUCGUUGAUCAGCUUGGAGGAGAUCUAAAUUCUACCCCGCUUCACUGGGCAACAAGACAGGGUCACUUAUCCAUGGUUGUACAACUGAUGAAAUAUGGGGCAGAUCCGUCGCUAAUUGAUGGAGAAGGAUGUAGCUGUAUUCAUUUGGCUGCCCAGUUUGGACAUACUUCAAUUGUUGCUUACCUGAUAGCAAAGGGACAGGAUGUAGAUAUGAUGGAUCAAAAUGGAAUGACACCUUUAAUGUGGGCAGCGUAUAGAACACAUAGUGUGGAUCCAACCCGAUUACUACUUACAUUUAAUGUUUCUGUUAAUCUUGGAGACAAAUAUCACAAAAACACAGCAUUGCACUGGGCUGUGCUAGCAGGAAAUACUACGGUUAUUAGUCUUCUGUUAGAAGCUGGAGCUAAUGUUGAUGCUCAAAAUAUAAAGGGAGAAUCACCACUUGAUCUAGCAAAACAGAGGAAAAAUGUUUGGAUGAUCAAUCACCUACAGGAAGCAAGACAGGCAAAGGGUUAUGACAGCCCAUCCUUUCUGAGAAAACUAAAAGCUGAUAAGGAAUUCCGUCAGAAGGUGAUGCUGGGAACUCCUUUCCUAGUAAUUUGGCUGGUUGGCUUUAUAGCAGACCUAGACAUUGAUUCUUGGCUCAUUAAAGGGCUGAUGUAUGGUGGCGUUUGGGCUAUGGUGCAGUUUCUUUCAAAGUCAUUCUUUGAUCACUCCAUGCACAGUGCACUGCCUCUUGGGAUAUACUUGGCAACGAAAUUCUGGAUGUAUGUGACGUGGUUCUUCUGGUUUUGGAAUGAUAUCCUUUUUUGU